AUUAGAAGGAAAAGCUGGACGCCUUCAGUUGAAUUUUGACUUCCAUUGGGGAGAGACCUCUUUUAGCAAUAACAAUGCAGAGCGUGCUCAUGAUUUUGUUUCUCGUGGCUAUUUGGCCUUGUGAAGGAUCGCCUUCAACAGCGGAGAUAUUCAAGAGAGUGAAGGUCAGCCAUCAGAACUUGUGUAAUGACCUUGACGAGGAGCGGAAAACCUGCGAGACUGACCUCUUUGCCAAAAGCUUCGAGACGAGUCCCUAUUCGUGCGAAUUCCUCCUCCAAGUCUUAAAUUGCUCCCGGCCUUGGCUAAGAAACUUUUGUGUGGAAGACCCGAGGCUCUCGCAAAUCCAGCAACGAACCUAUCUGAUUUUCAAGAUGAAGGACCAAUACCCCGAGUUCGAGAGUUGCGUACCCAGUUCCGAGAAAGAAGGGUGUGUGGCGAAUCAAGUAAUGGUUGAGGCCAGGAAUGGCACAAAAGAUCCAUUGACAGGUAUCGAACUCAAGAAGAAUUUCACCGGUUUGGCUCUGGCCUGCAACGAUCGGGUGACUCGGGUCGCUGACAACUUGUCGCUCUACCUUGAGCAUGCCUGGAACAUGAGCAUGUUCAGCCAAUCCCUCGCGGUAUUUUUCUUCGGCUUGGUCCUAUUCAAACGUUCGGCUAAGAUGUUCGAGAAGAAGUGGUCCUUGAAAGUCACGGAGGACUGCAUGGCCCGGAAAAUCGUGGCCAACGCAAAGAAACAAGACAUGGAUAUGCGAAAAUCAACCUUGCUCUUCCGAGACAUUUCUGUGAACUCGUAAAUCGAUGCUACAUUAGGCAAUAAAAAUCCUCGUGUUGAUUCUCUCUCA